AUGCCCUCGGAGGAAUGGGUGAGGGUGUGGAUCUACCUGAACUUUGUCCUGGGGUUGACCAGGAGUGCACGGCCAAGGUUCGACACAUCAACGGAUAUGGGAAUGGUGCUGGUACCAGCCGAUGCAGAAAUCGAAUCCGUUAUUUUUCGAUUACGAGCUACAGAUCAAGACGCCGAUUUUCCACUUGUCUUCGAUAUCGCAGCUACGGUAACUCCAGUGGUGAGGAUAGAAAAUCUGCCGUGCACGCUGUACAACAAGAUCUGUCAGGCAAACGUCAUCCUGACGAAACGACUGACGGCGGGUCGUCUUCACGAUUUUGCUGUACGUGUGAGGGACUCCAAGGGCGAUUUCAAUUCCAUGCAGGCCACCAUUUCCGUCACAAAUGCAACCACCCAGCGUGACAAAAUAUUUCCACACAUACCUGCCAUCAUCAUGGUACCUGAGGAUGCCAAACCUGGAAAAGAACUCGAUUAUGUUCUCGCAAGGGCCAACCAGUGGAGCGGCAAACCUGUUUAUAUUGAAUUAUGGCAACCGAAAGAAUUAUUCACAAUCAGACAACGACAGACACCAACCCAGACCCGAGGAGUGAUUACUCUCAUUGGUGAAUUGGAUUUCGAGAUGCAAUCAAUGUACACACUCACCCUGUACGCCACGGAUCCUUACACGGAGCCAAAAAAGGAUACGAGGAACAUCGCGGGUUUGCAUCUCGUGGUGAUAGUGCAGGACGUGCAGGACGUGCCCCCGAUCUUCACACAUGCUCCACCACUCACAAAAAUCAACAACACCAUUCAGCCGGGGGAUGUGAUUCUGCGGGUGCACGCUGAAGACGGGGAUAAGGGCGUGCCAAGAGAAAUUACGUAUGGUCUCGUCUCCGAGGGAAAUCCAUUUGUCCCAUUUUUCAAUAUCUCGGAAUCUACCGGUGAAAUUAUUCUGGCAAAACCGUUGAAGGAGUUGACGCAGAUAACACAUGUUGGGGCACCAGUUGUCCUGAGUGUUGUAGCUGAAGAGAUCAGGAGAUCCCCAAACGAACCACCAGCUCAAGCUACAGUUGUCGAAGUUGGAUUACUUCUUGGAGAACCGGGGAACAGUCCACCAUAUUUUGAUAACGACAAUUACGUCGCCUGGAUGGAUGAGAACCCUGAACCUGGAUCUCCAAUCAUCUUCAGCGAGCUGUACUCCACUGAAGUUAAAGACGAGGAUAUCGGCAAGGCCGGUGUAUUUGCCCUUAAGCUGGAGAAUAAUAACGGCACAUUCGAGAUUAGUCCGACAGUCGCUGAGAGAGUUGCGAGUUUUAUUAUCAGUGUGCGAGACAACACCCUAAUCGAUUACGAAGUUCACAAGAGUCUUCGGUUCGAGAUAGUUGCUCAAGAGGUGGGACCUGCGACGAAUCUCUCCGCCUCGGUUCCAGUUACGAUAUUUAUUCGUGACGUUAAUGACAAUUCCCCGGAGUUCCAGGAGACGUCGUACGAAGUAACUCUAUCGGAGAAUGUCACUGCUGGAACACGAGUGGUCCAGGUCCACGCCGUCGACAAGGACACGGGAUUAUUCGGGAGAAUUCAGUACACCAGGAUAAUAGGUCCGGGUAGCGAUGCAUUCGUUAUGAAUCCUGAUACCGGUUUUAUUUCUGUGGCUAUGGGUGCUAAUUCCAUACUCGAUCGAGAAAUCACUCCACAGUUUGAGCUCACGGUGGAAGCGAGAGAUGAGGAUGGAAAGGGCCUCAGGGGAUCAGUCCCCCUUAUCAUCAAAUUACUCGAUGUCAAUGAUAAUGCUCCAGUCUUCGAGAAGGACAGCUACAAUUUCGUCGUCAACGGGGACUUCACGAACUUCACAGUUCCUGCAAUAAUAAAAGCGACAGACGCCGACGCAGAGCCGCCCAACAACGAAGUGCGAUAUGAAUUGAUUCACGGAAAUUACGAAAAUUAUUUUCUCCUCGACGAAGUGACCGGUGAAAUUUUUCUCAGUAAACAAAUAACAAAAGCCAGGACUACUAGACACAAUCCUUACCAAGCGCUAGCCACGAAAUUCCGAAAAGCUAUUUUUCCGAAUUACAAAGGUGUGGACAUGCGUAACGAUUCGAGUGUCCACUCAACAGCAUCUCCAAUUCCGAAUAAUAAUCAGACAAACUCGGCCAAUGAAACCGACAAAAUGGUGCGGCGAAAACGACAAGACACAGACAUGGAAGUGCUUUUCACUCUGACAGCUAGAGCCUACGAUCUAGGUGUUCCGCACUUGUCGGGGACGACUCAAGUGAACAUCCUGCAGAGUCCUUUAGCCGCUGGACGGAUCGUCAUGUUCGUGGUAGCCGGGGAGAACCCGGAUCCAGUGAAAACUGCUCAAACAUUGGCAACUAUUACCGGUGGUCACAUUACAGUCAAGGAAAUCAGACCAUACGUACCGGGUACCAGUAUUAAUGGACACGAAAUUACUCGACCUACCACCGAUGGUGUAAAACGAAGUAUCGUGAUCGCUCGCGUGGAGCCAAUAGGGGGUACCUCCCUCGUGGACAUUGAUAAGAUCAGAGCAGCCCUGGCUGCCAACGGAGUAGGUGUUAUCGGUGGUGACAUGCCAUCUCCAGAUCCGAAUGCCAGUGGCACAACGAUUAAUACCAAUAACACGAUUACAUCAAUACACAGUGAGGAAGUAACAGUGUACAAAGCUGAGAAUAAACUGCUCUUCUGGCUGCUAAUUAUCCUGGGUCUGCUGAUACUAGCAGCAAUAAUCGCUCUCAUAGUUUGCUGUAUCUGUCCCGGAUGCCCGUUGUACAUGGCACCAAGGAAGCGACGGAUCCAUUCGUCUGAGACAUUAGUAGUGCGUCCAGAUGGAAGACCAAAGAGGCAUCUCCAUCGAAAGUAUCCAACACAGUUGCAAGAUCCCAGCUGGUCCGAGAAGAAGCAAGCCUGGAGUGCAGACCCAAUGAGAUCAAACUGGCAAUUCAACCGUCGAAACACGAGACAAUAUGGAUUAGCUUCGCUACCAGGUGACGUAGUGCGAAUUCCAGAUGGUAACGAACGCUGGCCCCGAAAAGCGAUGUCCCUCCGAGGUGAUGCCCAACUACCAGUCCCCAUGAAUGAUCCUUUAUACCCUCUACGACAACAAGAGGAGCAUCGGAUCUACAUGGAGAACAUCGAGAGAGCGAGAGAGUACGAAGCAGCGGAAAUGGACUCCCUCCGUCGACACGAAUUCGAAAGAGGGUCAGAUUUGGGACGACAGCAAAUGCCGACAUUGCUGAGACGUGAACCCCAUUUCUACCGAGAUGGAAAUGCUGAAGUAAUGAGACUAGUGUCCAGAGGUGGAGCUGAAGAGACUCUGGCAACCAUGCACAGACCACCAGAGAUCAUAAUCGAUCAAACUGCAAACCAGAGAUUCGAUGGUAAGGAUAUACUUCUUCGAAGAUUCAUCGAGGACCAGAAAUUCCGAGGAACCGGUAAAGACUAUCAAGAAGGCUUCCAAGAGGAUUUCGAGCGACAAAGUAUGGAGUCCCACCAGAGACAACGAGAACUCUCCAUGCAGCAACAUCAACGAGAAUUGCUACUGAUUCCAAAAAAACUUGAGGUAGAUCAUCGACAGCAUCUUGAGCAGUUAGGACCAGACGUUCAGAGAUUGAUAAUUGAUCACGGAUCAUACGAGAAGUCAGGGUUGGAUAAUCGUGAGCAGCAGGAUAUCCUGACAGGGCCUACGUUGUUGAUUCCGAUGGGGAAACCUCUUGGAAAACCCAAGGAGACGAGUUCUCUGAGUCUUCAUAAUUAUACAAGGCAUGAGCUUGAAGUGGCGACUCAAAAUGCUUUAUUGACUCGACUGUUGCUGGAGCGAGAUGGUCGAGUAGGUGCGAGUGUCGCAGAUCAUGCUAGUUAUCUAGAAACGCAAAGUCUUCCUGGUCAAGUCGCUGCGGGAACGCAGACAGAUAAAACUGCAGCAACGCAAACUGAAUAUCAUAGUAGGAGUAGGAGUGAUAACGAAUCCGAAGAAGACUCGAGAAUUCGUAAGAAAAUGAGAUUCAUGAAGCGAUAUGGAGAGGAGCCUAAACGCAUCAGGACUUUGUGGAUGAAGUCGCCAAUUGAAGAAGAGGAACGUCAAUGCACAGGAAAACGUUCGACCGGGAGUCGGAGGAAGAUGAGGGAUGUCACGGAUGACAGGACGAUCUCCAUCGAACCUGAAGUGCUGCGAGAAAUUUCGGAUUCGUUGGAUGAGAAUGUCGAAGUGUCUGCGGAUUUUAGAAAAGCCCCGGACAGCUUGAAUUCUCAGGAUGAAUCCAGAGAGGAGGACAUACCUCGGAGAGACGAUUCAUCGUCGAUUGAGAGAGUACAAGGGGCUCAUAAAAAAAUAACCAGAAGAGGAGAAAAGGAGGACAAGAGGAGAACGAAAUCGAGGAGUGAUUCGACAUCGGGACCUAGUUUUCAUAUUCUCGAAAAAGAAAUGAGUUCUUUGAGUAGAAAAUUGUCUAAAUUGACAGGGCGAAAAGCAUCUAGUGAAGAAGACUCAGGUGAGAAGCAUAAAAUGCAUCAUCUGCAGAAAGACUCGGAGAAAAUUCAAUCCAGAGACAGUGAGUCACGGUCUGGAAGAAAAAUUAUCCAGAAAGCUGUUCAAUCUGUCAGUAAAAAACACGUGACGACGAAAAAAUCGGUUUCGGAUAAAUCCAAAGUAAAACCGAAGUUGCGGAGAGUUUUGCCAAUGAGUACUGCAAGUUCGGAUUGGGAGGAGUCAGUGGAUAAAUCGGUUAAGUCAAAGGCACAGGACAAAACCCAAACUUCGAGGCUUAAAUUACCGAUGGGUAAAGCGCACGCAAAAUUACGGCGACAGGGGAAAAUGGAGACGAAAGGGACUAAAAAAUCGGUAAAAGAAAAAUUGAUCAAACCCGAGACUCAACCGGUUAUAAAUUAUGAUAGUCAGCAGACUGAUAUAAAAAUGGCUGAAGAGAGGAUUCAACCUCCGGAAGUUCAGACUAGUAUACACGAAAUAAAAAAAUCGGAUGGUAUGGGAAGAUCUUUAGAAAUUGAGACUGAAAAAUAUUCAGAUUAUGUAGGAGCUUCUGCAUCUGGUAUGCGUGAGGAUAAAAUUAUUGAGUCAGUGAAGAUUAAAAGUCCGAACGAUAGAGUCGAUGUAGAAUCGAGAUUAGAACUCUCUGAUGAGAAAAGAAUUACAAGCCGCCAUGAUAUGAAAGGGAUUGAAUCGAUUCCGAAGGCAGAAAUUCAUUCGGCCACAAUAGAAAAUAUAAAUAUCGCCUCUCCCGGAACCACAGAAAUUAAAUUAACAAAAAAAAUAACUCCACCCGCGACUGAAAUUAGUCUUGAUAAUAUUUUGAUUAAAUCAUCGAAGAAAAAACGGGUGAGACUGGCAGUUGGAAGUUCUGAGGAAGAGACUGAACGAACUGGAGAAUCAAAUGUGGACAUUGAAGAAGCAGAAAAGGGGAAAUUGGAUAGAAAGAGAAGAAGCUUGAGACAACGCACGUCGAAGAUAGAUAAGGAUUCGGAAGAUCAGUCUAUGGUAUCUGACAGCAAUGAAAAAUUGGGUACUUCUGAGAAAAAGGCCCCAAUCGGAGGAGACCCCAACCAAGGCCCCAAUCAAUUGGAGGGCAGCUUUGAGAAGGAAAGAAUAUCCAUUAUAAAAUCGCCGAAAGCUCCAGCGCUCACAAUUCCAGACGUUCAAACCAUAAAAGCAGCAAUGGAUGGAAUUAUAGAAAAAGCAAAAACUGUUGUUGCAGGCACAACAAAUAUAGUGGGGACUACAGACGAUGCGAGAGAAAUUGCAAGAGAAAAUGUAGAGGAAAUAAAAACUGAAGGGGCAGAAGGGAAAAAAAUUAUCGAGAACGCAGGAGAAGAUGGAGCUAGUGGAAUUGAAUUUAUAAGAAUUAAUAGCGAAAAUGGUGACAGGCUCAGCCCGAAGGCAGAAAAAAUACCAGAAUCAGGAACAGGAGUUGAUGAUAAAACAAUGGAAGUUGUGGAUGAGGCAAUGAAAGGCGUUUUACAGACGGUACGAAUGACUGCGGAAGCUACAGAAAAAUUUCUUAGCCCAAAACUCGACUUUGACGUUCCUGAAACGGGACAGGCGGAGGUGAAAGAAAAAAUUGCAGGAGAUCUGAUAGAUGGAGGGAAAAACGUCGAUCAAGAAGUUGAAGAGGAGACUAAUUUAAUUCGUGAAGAUUUCGGAGAUGCGGUCCUUAAGGAAAUGAAGAGAAAUGAAGAGAACAUUUCGGAAGGGGCAGGUGGGAUGAGCGAUUAUAUUGUUAGAGAUUCGCAAUCGGCGGGAUCUUCAGUAUCUGGGAUGGAAAAAUAUUCUUCAACAGCAUCAAUGUUAGGAAGAGAGUACAAAGUUGGGGUUGACCCUGAGAAAUCAUCAACGCCUCUUAAAGAUACUUCAGCAAUACAAUCAACAACUCCUGAAAGCCAAAUGUCUCCGAGAAUAAUUGAAUCAGGAGUACCUGUGGAUGUAGAAAUAAUUGCCGAUCCGGAGGUGUCCGACGGAACUUCAUCUCAUCUUCUGGGAAUGAAGAUAGAACUCAGGGAUGAUUUGAGGAAGAGUGAAAAUGCUUUGGAACCGAGUGAGUGGGAGAGUUUAGAGACAGCCUCAAUGAAAUCAGAAGGCAGUCAGUCAUCGAAGAGUAUAAUCAUAAUGAGAGAGACAUGUUUUCUCAGUUCUCCCAAACGAGAAUUACCUAAACCCGAUUCCAUCGCGAAAUCGGAGAAGACCGAUGAUAGAACCGAAGAUCCACCCGAAGUUGCUCAAUCAGAAAAAUCAUCGGAAUUCCAGCUUCCGGAUUGCAAUAUGGCGUCACCGAUUUCCGGAAUGUCUCCGGAACUCUCACAUUUCGGGGAAAUGCAAGCCGAUCGCGGAGGCCUCGUAUCGGAAGAUCGAUCCGAUCUUUCCGCUUCCGGGUCGAAAAAGAUUCAAAUGAAGAUGCCAAUCCUGGAACCUUCCUCGAUCCGUAGUCCGGAUUCCAACGUGGAAGUGGCGACUCCGGAUAUUCCGAUCGAGUCAGCAGAAUCGAGUGUAAAGAAAGGUGUGAUUGAAGUCCCUGUGGUCGAGGAUCCGUCCAUUUUGACGUCAGAAAUAAUAAAAAUGGUCGGGCUCACGCCAGAACAAUCAGACAUCCCAAUUCCGGAUGUAAGUAUUGAAGCACCGACUCCUGAAGUUCCUAGUGAGCCUGUGGAAAUAAAAGAAAAAGAUGAGAUCUGCGUACCGGAGCAGCAACCGGACUUGCCGGAUUUGUCCUUGGAGAUGCUUGAGGAAGACAGUGAUCUGUCGAGUGAAUCAUCUGCUAGAACAACAUUUAUUGCUCAACCAUAUGGCACUCCUCGACACAGAAAAUUGAUUAGGAUGGUACCAGAAGAUGACUCGGUGUCGAUUCCGAUUUCAAUCGGUGAAGGAAUGGUUCCAUCGCAAGUAGGAAGUGAAGAGAGUGGAAGACCGGAAGAAGCGAAUCUUAAUGAAGACGAUGAUGAUGCUGAAGCUAAUAAAAUGAUAAAUACUGGAGAAGUGCAGAAAGAAACGGAUGGAAUUCGGGUUGAAAGCGAAGAAGUUGAUGUUCGUCUCAAAGAACAGGAAGUUCUUGUGGAAAAGGCAGGGCAAGCUGCACCUGAAGAUCAGAAGAGAGAGAAAGAGGAGAUAGAGCCAAUUAAGGUAGAAUCACAUUCUAUAACUCCUCAAGAAAUAUUACCUGAUGAUGAUGGCUCAACUUCUCACCUUCUUCCAGAUCUCUCCAAAGUUGCAACACGGAGGAAAGAAUUAAAAACUUCAGAUAUCCCGAAAGUUUGUGGUGCUAUUUAUAAAAUAAGGAAGCCUGUGUCCAGCGGGUCUUCAAAAAAAAUUGAAAUCCCAAAAGAAAUGAAAGAUAAAUCUUCUAAGAGCAGAGGCUCUCUAAAAGAAUCCAGAGAUGGUAAAAUGCAACCGGGAAAAUCGAAGAAGAUUCAGAAAAUAUUUACCGAGGGACCAUCGACGUCCAAAUUAGAGAAAAUUAAAUAUCACGAACGGGAAAAAUUGGUGCCACUGGAGACGACGUCUCGAGUUAUCAAUGAUCCUUCAAGACUGCCUAGAAAAUCAAAACGUGAUAAAGAAUUCCAACGGGAGAAAUCGAAAACAGAAAGACCAGCGAAAAUUCUGUCACCGUUAGGCGACAAGGAACACUCUGAGAAAAAAUCUCCACCAGCCGCUUCCAGAUCUCCAAAGAGGAUGAAAAAUAUCCAAAAGGUCACAACAGUAACGACAGGGGAACCUACAGUUGAAUCAUUACCAACUACCACAGGAGUAGAGACGACGAUUCCAAUGAGUUCUGUCGAGCAACGAGAGGUGCCCCCGGAAAAAGCGGAAAUUUCCGUAUCACAAACCACGACAAGUAGUUCAGACACCCCCGAGCAAUUGCUUGAUCAAUCAUUCCCGCCUGAUGCAAAAGCGGAUAAAGCUGAAGCUAAAGUGGAUCUGCCAUUAAUGCCUGAAGUAAUUACUGACGUGAAACAAACGGAACUGCAAAUGCACGACAAAUUGGAAAAUUUUCCAAAACAUUCCAAGCAUUUGAAAGAAGAUACCCCGGAAGCUCAAUCCCGGUACAUGGCCUGGUACAAAGAAAUGCAAGAACGAAAAGAAGGUGAUGAUCAAGAAGAGCCGCCUAAAUGGCUACGCAAAAGUACUCGACAAAGAUGGUUAAAAAUGAGUCCCGAGGAUCGAAAACACUUUGACCUGAGAACCCCAGAAGUGACGCCCCUGGCGCGUCGAAAAAUUAUACCAUCAAAAAAUGUGGAGUCGGAGCAGCUGAAAGCCAUUGUACGUCAGGGAAGAAAACUGAGACGAGCAGAAGGUGGGACAAUCGAUCCGCAAAUCGAAAUUUUCGCACCCGAAAAACUUCCACCACUCGCGACAAAAUAUCACCACUUAAUUCAACAUUCAGAGUACAAAUACGAGAAAAUUCCAUUUUACCUUCACCCACCGCCAGUUCCUCAUCCGUCUCCUCAAGUAUCUCCACGACCUUUUGAGGACACCAGUGGAUCUUGUUCAAGGCAGUUCAGACGAUCCGACGACGAUGUGGAGACUGGGAUUAUUCUCACGACUUCCACUCCACGACUCAGGCAUCAGCAACUCCUGGAGAAAAAAAGUGUCUUUGAUAUCGCCUACAGUGAAGCUGCCCCUUCACAAUUACGCGCAGAUAGCACGACUCCUCCAUCGUAA